AACUCUACCAAACAGAUUUCGAAACCAAUUCACCCGCCUCCCACCAAUGGCAGCUGCCGCCUCCGCCGCUGCCGCCUCUAACCUUCAAUUCCCGUCCAUCUCCAGCCCUUCGUCUGGUGGCCGCUGCUCAUUCUCCGCUGUUCGAUUCCUUCCCCCGGUCCGCCCUCCCCGCCUCCGGGUCUUCCCUCCCCGCCGCGCCCGGCGCACCGUUCUCUCCGGAUCCGGCGAUGGCGGGAUUGGGAACACCGGCGGUGGCGGCGGAGGAGGCGGCGAUGGUGGAGGGGAGGAUGGGGACUCCGGCCGGAAGAACCGGACAGAGGCGCUCCUGGCCCUGUCGGAGCUCGGCCGGACGCUGGACAGCCUCCCCAAGGACCUCGCGGCGGCCGUCGAGGCUGGGAGGAUCCCCGGGGUGAUCGUGCGCCGGUUCGUCGAGCUUGAGAAGUCGCCGUUUUUCCGGUGGCUGCUCCAGUUCGGGGGGUUCAAGGAAAGGCUUCUGGCUGAUGACCUCUUCUUGGCCAAGGUCGCCAUGGAGUGCGGCGUCGGCAUCUUUACCAAAACUGCUGCCGAGUGGGAACGUCGCAGAGAGAAAUUUGUCAAGGAACUGGAUUUUGUUUUUGCAGAUGUGCUGAUGGCAAUAAUUGCUGAUUUUAUGCUUGUCUGGCUUCCUGCGCCAACUGUUUCUCUUCGACCACCUCUUGCAUUCAGUGCUGGACCUAUUGCCAAAUUCUUUUACAACUGCCCUGAUAAUGCUUUCCAGGUUGCUUUGGCUGGAACAUCAUACUCAUUCUUGCAGAGAGUUGGUGCAAUAGUGAGAAAUGGGUUAAAGCUAUUUGCUGUUGGGACUGGUGCUUCUCUGAUUGGUGUUGGUAUAACGAAUGCCUUGAUUAAUGCAAGGAAGGCAUUGGAUAAGAAUUUUGCUGUUGAAGCAGAGGAUGUCCCUAUAUUAUCAACUAGUGUUGCCUAUGGUGUCUAUAUGGCGGUGUCCAGUAACCUUAGGUACCAGAUGGUAGCGGGUGUAAUAGAACAGCGAAUCUUGGAGCCACUGCUACACAGCCGCAAACUUGUUUUAAGUGCAUCGUGCUUUGCAGUUCGUACAGGAAACACAUUUUUGGGAUCUCUAAUGUGGGUUGACUAUGCCCGUUGGAUAGGAAUCCAAAAGAUCCGGGAGUAGUUCAUAGCACACAAUUGAAUACUGCUACUCUGUUUUUCUCUCUGACAAAAACAUUUGGUGAAAGCUUAAUUGGAGAAGGGUGCUUUACAGUCACGUUGUUCUGGGAAAUCCACAACUCUUGAUGAUCAAUGUGAAAGGCCAUUUGUGGCUGCCAAUAUUACUUUAUAAAUUAUUUCUCAUAUUGUUUUCCCUUGUGUUUGCGGCAGUGGCAAGACUUAAAUUUUUCCUUUUCUAAAACUAGAUAAUUGAUUUGUUGAUUUAUCGCAACACAAUUCUGUUAUGGUUUGCAGAACUUUGUACUAUGUUUAUUUCUAUGUACCAAAUCCUAGAUCAAGUCUUCAAUUGUAUACAAGUCAGCCAACCUACUUUCA